AUGUAUAAUAAGGAAGACUGGGAUGGGGAAACUAAACCUUUUAUAGGAGUGGAUUUGAAGACUUUCCAAUUGGGGGAAGGUAAUAAGUAUACCCCUGUCUCUAUUGUCAUAUAUGAGUACAGAGAAAUGGAUGCGUUGGGAGUGGGCGUAUCCGAUCUGCCUACACAGUAUAUAUGCACGGAAGAGCUUGUUUCCAAAGGGUUAUGGGAAACCAGCGAUUUGUAUCUCUUCAUUGUCAACAAGGAAGUCACUCAGAAGACCGGGAUUUUGUCCACCACUCUUAGCAGUUAUGGUAAUAAUGGCUCGCGGUACAAGAUUAUCAAAACAGGCUACUACUGCGUGGCGUGUGCUUCUCCGCAAGACUGGGGAAGACAGGCAAACAAAUUCAAUGUUGAGGUAAACUUCCAGAAUUCCUUUGAAAAUUUACCUGCUUCAAGGAUACCCAGGUUGAAUUUUAAUGGCUUCCUGGCCAUUGGGUAUGUGGCCAGUCUGUCUCUGUACCUGUUCAACUUGUAUAUCCACAGAUCUAAGCUUCUCACGUCACACAAACUCAUUGCCGGUUUUUUUGUGUUUUUGACAGUGGAAAGUAUCUUCACAUUCUCUUUUUAUGCUUCUUCGUCGGAGUAUGAGAAUGGAAAGCAAUUCUGGAAAGUUGUUGCUAGUUUCUGUCAACUAUUUGGUCAUGCAUGUUUAAUUGCUUUUCCUUAUCUCCUGGCUUAUCCUCUGGCUUAUCUGUCCGUUUUCUGUACAACAACACUAGCAUAUGAUCAAUUUUGA